ACCAGAAAAAAAUUAACCCUUAGAACUUCAAAUUCAAAAAAAGGUCAAGUGACAGUUGAGUACAGCGCCACUAGUUUUUUUGACAGUUGACACGUGCAUAGGGCCAUAAGGUUGUGUAAGAAUGAGUUCCCUAAAACUCCAAAAACGCCUAGCGGCGUCUGUUAUGAGAUGUGGCAAGAAAAAAGUGUGGCUUGAUCCGAACGAAAUCAACGAAAUUGCCAACACCAACUCAAGACAAAACAUCCGCAAGUUAAUUAAGGAUGGCCUUAUCAUCAAAAAGCCCGUGGCUGUGCACUCCCGCGCCCGCGUGCGAAAAAACACGGAGGCCCGGCGAAAAGGCAGGCACUGUGGUUUUGGCAAAAGAAAGGGCACUGCCAAUGCGCGUAUGCCCCAAAAAGAGCUUUGGAUACAACGGAUGCGUGUUUUGCGACGCCUCCUCAAAAAGUACAGGGAGGCGAAAAAAAUCGACCGACAUUUGUACCACGCUCUGUACAUGAAGGCGAAAGGUAACGUCUUCAAGAACAAGAGGGUCCUCAUGGAGUACAUCCAUAAGAAAAAGGCCGAGAAAGCUAGGGCAAAGAUGCUGAACGACCAAGCUGACGCGCGACGACUGAAAGUCAAGGAGGCAAGAAAACGGAGGGAGGAACGCAUCGCCGCCAAAAAGUUGGAAGUUUUGCAGAAUUAUCAACGCGAGGAUGAAGCAACAGCUGCUAAAAAAUAGUUUUGGGAUUUUUUGUGAUGGAAUGCAAUUACAGAUAAAUAUUACAAAACA